AUGCCGCCGUUCAACCUAGAAACUUGCGCGCGACCCAACGUCCUGGCCCUGCAGCCGUACCGCUGCGCUCGAGAUGACUACAAAGACGACGGCUCCAACGUCCUCCUCGACGCCAACGAGAAUGCCUACGGCCCCUCCCUCGACGCGGCGGCCGCCCAGCGCGCCGGCUCGCCGUCCCUCGACGGCCUCGAUCCGCUCUCCCUGCACCGAUACCCCGACCCUCACCAGCCCCAGCUGAAGCAGCUGCUCUGCCGGCUGCGCAACACGCACGCCCACACGCCCAAGUCCCUCGGGCCGGAGAACCUCUUCGUCGGCGUCGGCAGCGACGAGGCCAUCGACGCCCUCCUGCGGUGCUUCUGCGUCCCCGGCAAGGACCGCAUCCUCACGUGCCCCCCGACGUACGGCAUGUACGCCGUCUCCGCCCAGGUCAACGACGUCGGCCUGGUCGAGGUGCCCCUCACGCCGGGCCCCGAGUUCGCCCUCGACGUCCCGGCCGUCACGGCCGCCCUGUCCGCCGAGCCCGACGUCAAGCUGGCCUACUUCUGCUCCCCCGGCAACCCUACCGGCUCCCUCCUCGCCAAGCAGGACGUGGUCCGCGUCCUCGGCCACCCCACGUGGAACGGCGUCGUGGUCCUCGACGAGGCAUACGUCGACUUUGCCCCCGAGGGCUCGUCCCUCGCCGAGCUCGUCGCCGAGUACCCCAACCUGGUCGUCGUGCAGACCCUCUCCAAGGCCUUUGGCAUGGCGGGCAUCCGCCUCGGCGCCGCCUUCGCGUCCGCCCCCGUCGCCCGCUUGCUCAACAGCAUCAAGGCCCCCUACAACGUCGCCACCCCGACGAGCGCCCUCGCCCAGUCUGCGCUGCGGGACCCCGGACUGGCCGUCAUGAGGGGGAACCGGGCCAAGAUCACGGCCCAGCGGGAACGCCUGCUCGCGGAACUACCCAAGAUCGAGGGCGUCGGCCGACGGCGCGGCGGCACCGCAGGCAAUUUUCUGCUCUACGAGAUUCUAAACGCGCACGGAGAGUCCGACAACUCUGUCGCGCUCGCCGUGUACGACAAGCUAGCCCAGCACAAGGGCGUGGUGGUCAGGUUCAGGGGCAAAGAGCACGGCUGUCAGGGGUGCUUGCGCAUCACGGUAGGCACCGAGGACGAAGUGACCAGAUUUCUAGACUCGCUGCGCGACACUCUGGCCGAGGUGAGGCGCGGCCGGCCCGGCAAAUAG